AUCUUCUUCCGCUCAGGCUUUAAAAUCAAGUCCAUCACCGCCGGCACCGACCGUUUUCCCAUUUUUUUUCCACCGGGCGUUUGAUUCCGGCGAGGUAGCGGCUCAAUACCAAUACAGUGCUCAAUUUCGACUGAUUUGGACGGGAAGAGGCUAAAGCUGCGCUCUUGGAGCCAAAGAUUCAACCUUUGGAGACUAUGGAGGCUUACAAGAGAUGGGUCAGAACCAAUAGAGAUUUUGUGCGCCAACUGGGCUCCCUGAUUAAUGGAUUGACUUGGCUUCUUCCGGAAGAGUUUGGACGUUCAGAGAUUGGGCCAGAAGCAGUAUCAUCACUUUUGGGAAUGAUGACUACCGUAAAUGAGCACAUAAUCGAGACAACUCCAAACCGCGUGCAAACAACACCUUCUCCAGACCCUUCCUUUGUCCCUUUGUCAUUAUGCCUGACUUUGUUGAAGGACUUGGAGACCUUGGUUGAGGUUGUAGCUGAACAAGUCCGUGGAGAUGAGAGAAAAUGGAAUUUCAUUGCCAUUGCAGAGGCUGUCAAGGUACUCGUUAGGUUGAUUGUGUUUAAAAAUAGUGGAUAUAAGAUGCUUUUGCAUGGUGGGGAAACUGUAAACACUGAAAACAGUAAUGAUGUUCCGAGACCUGAAGAAAUGCAUGGACACCUACAAAUUCCGAAGCCAAUGAAUUUUCGUGGGCACAACUUGUAUAAUCUCGAAGGAAGGGCAUUAUCUGCACUAAACAGUUUCGGUCAACGAGCUAGGAUGGUUUCAGAGCCUACAUGGUUGCAUAGGCAACACCAAGAUGCUAUUCAGGAACCUCCAACCAUGGUGAUGAAACCGAGUCUAUCGGCUUUCUUGUCGGAGAAAGGUUUUCCAGGGAGAUUAUUUGUGACAGGGGAGGUCAUGUUUGUGCUAAGACCUCUUAUUUAUGUAUUACUCGUAAGGAAAUAUGGGGCCCGGUCAUGGUUUCCUUGGGUCAUUUCAUUAGCUGUGGAUGUCAUUGGAAGUUGCAUUCUCUCUUCUAUAAACCUGUGUCCGCUUAGGAGUAAAACUAAGCAGUUUCAAUUUUCAAACCCUGAGAUGGACGAGUUAAAAAGGAGGAAGAUGCUGUGGGCACUUUACCUUAUGAGAGAUCCCUUUUUCAGCAGAUAUACACGGCAAAGACUUGAAACUACUCAAAAGCUAGUAGAACCUAUACCUGUUGUUGGUUUUUUUACAGAAAAACUUGUUGAACUGAUUAUUGGAGCUCAGACCCGGUACACCUAUUUCUCAGGCUCCUAAAAUGGGCAUCGAUCACGAAGUGUGUAAGAUUACAGUUUAAAGAAUUUAGUGAUUUUUUUUAUGUGGCUCAGUUAAGGUCAAACCAAUUUUGCUGUAUCCAAUAGGCCAAUAGCUGCCUGAACUAUAUUAAUCUUGCAAUGAAUCUUACUUUUUUCU